UCUUCUUCCUAUCUAUCUUCAUCUUUCUAGAAAUCAAGGACUGCAGCAGCAGCAUAGUCUGGGAGAAGAGAGAAAUGGCCACAGCGUUGCCCAUGGCAUCGACUUCCAGUCUCAGUCUCAGUCUCGGUAGACGACCACCUUUAUUGGGUUCAUAUUCUGGAAAGAGGACCAUGCCUGCAAAUUAUCAAGGCAUUUUCUGUCUCAAUAAUUCACAACUUUGUACAACCACAAGAGGAUACAAGGAUGACGUUAAUCUAAUCAAACGGAGACAGAUGAUUGCCUUCCUUUUUGGUUUUUCAAGCUUUGUCUUAGACUCAUUUCAAGCCGAGGGAGCUGGCUUGCCCCCUGAAGAAAAGCCUCGACUAUGUGAUGAUUCUUGUGAAAAACAGCUAGAAAAUGUCCCUAUGGUAACUACAGAGUCUGGUUUGCAGUAUAAGGAUAUUAAAGUUGGUCAAGGCCCCAGUCCACCUGUGGGUUUUCAGGUGGCGGCGAAUUAUGUUGCCAUGGUUCCGUCUGGACAAAUAUUUGACAGUUCAUUGGAGAAGGGUCAACUUUAUAUAUUCCGUGUUGGCUCUGGUCAGGUGAUCAAAGGACUUGACGAAGGGAUCUUAACCAUGAAAAUAGGAGGGAAGCGGCGACUCUACAUCCCGGGAUCUUUGGCCUUUCCCAAGGGUCUCACUUCAGCUCCAGGAAGGCCAAGGGUGGCUCCAAGUAGUCCAGUGGUUUUCGAUGUGAGUUUGGAAUACGUACCAGGCCUUGAAAUUGAGGAAGAGUGAGACAAAUUGAUACAUUUGCGUUGUGUCUGUAUUUUUUAUUUAUUAUUAUUUCAUCUUUUUAGCAGAGUUCAAGGAAUGUAAGCAAUAGCGUUGUAUCAAUUUGUUUAUUAUUUUUGGGAGCUUCUAUUGGCACCCUUCAGAACAGUCACUCUCCACUCCAUUGCUUUUUAUUAUUGAUGUCCAAACUGCCCAUAUUUCCAUUUGA